AUGCAGACUACCAAGGCACUGCUCGUUUCUCCAGUUCUGAUCCGCUCCUGUUCUUCCUCCCUCCUGAGUAGACCAGAGGCCCCAUCUAAACAGCCUUCCUGCAGCAGCUCCCCUCUGCAGGUGGCCGGACGGGAAUUCCAGACCAGUGUUAUUUCCCGGGACAUUGACACAGCAGCCAAAUGCAUUGGUGCUGGGGCCACCACAGUUGGUGUGGCUGGAUCGGGGGCUGGCAUUGGAAGAGUGUUUGGGAGCUUGAUUAUUGGCUAUGCCAGGAACCCAUCUCUCAAGCAGCAGCUCUUCUCCUACACCAUCCUGGGCUUUGCCCUGUCUGAGGCCAUGUGGCUCUUCUGUUUGAUGGCCACCUUCCUUGUCCUCUUCGCCAUGUGA